UGUUGCUCCGAGGUAGUUUAGCUCGAGCACUCUUUGACUUUUGAAAUUUAACAAGUAAAAUGUGCUUCACACAAUGGAACGACAAUCCCCAUGAAGUUUAAACAUGUGUUUAUGUCAGCGGAAGGUGGCCUUCCUUGCUAACCGAUUAGCUAGAUCAAGUUAGCCGUUACGAACCUACCCGGAAGUUAGCUUUAGUCGUUUUCGUCGUAGAAUCCUCCAUGGCCCGUUUAAAGCUCUGGUAUUUUACUUUGAAAGUCCGAAGAAAAGUUAGCUGCGCUUCUUCGCUCUAGCACAUUGGACUUGAUGUUUUUUGUAACUAGUGUAGCUGCACUCGUUGUUGUUGUUUUCUUUUUUUUUUUUUUUUUUUGCUACGAUAUCUAUUUGUGGCGGUGUGUGUGUGCCACAUGCGAGGCCUGGAGGAAUCUGGUCGUGCUUUUUAGUUGAGCAGCUGCUUCCUCUGGUCGACGGGGCUAACAUGGUACAUGCGUGCGCACUUUUACACAAGUAUCUCAAAAGGUGUUGUCGCUAGGGCCUUGUCGGGUUAUUUGCUAACCCCUCUUGUCUGCAAGUCAACAAGAUCCCUGCGCAGAAAUGUCUCUGGGCGAAUACGAGCGACAUUACGAGUCGCUGAACUCCGAUCUGGGCGGCGAGUCUGUGGGCAGCGAGCGACCCCCUUCAAGCGCGUUUAAUGGCGAAGAGGAGAAGCUGCAUUACAUUCCCAUCAAGCUCCUCGGAAAGGGGGCGUUUGGUGAAGCUACUCUGUACAGAAGAACCGAGGACCACUCCCUGGUUGUGUGGAAGGAGGUGGACCUGAACUCGCUCUCGGAGAAGACGCGGCGGGAUGUCAUGAACGAAAUUACCAUCCUCGCCAUGCUGGAGCACAACAACAUCAUUGCCUACUUCAAUCACUUCAUGGAUAAGAACACGCUGCUGAUCGAGAUGGAGUAUUGCAACGGAGGAAAUCUGAAUGACAGAAUCAUCCAGCAGAAGGGGGAGCCUUUCGCCGAAGAGAUUGUCAUAUGGUACUUGUACCAAAUCGCCUCAGCAGUGGCCUAUAUUCACAAGGCUGGGGUCAUACACCGAGACAUCAAAACUCUUAAUAUUUUCCUAACAAAGACGGACCUCAUAAAGCUGGGAGAUUAUGGCCUUGCAAAGAAACUAGACUCUGAGUUUUCAAUGGCAGAGACAUGUGUGGGAACUCCUUAUUACAUGUCACCUGAACUGUGCCAGGGGGCAAAGUACAACUAUAAAUCAGACAUUUGGGCCAUGGGUUGUGUCCUUUUUGAAGUCUUGACGCUUAGAAAGACUUUUGAUGCCACGAACCCUUUAAACCUCUGUGUGAAAAUAGUCCAAGGAAACUGGACUAUGGAUGGGGACACAGAUAUGUAUUCAAGUGGAUUAAUCCAGUUGGUGUACGAGUGCCUCAACCAAGAUCCUGCAAAGAGGCCUACAGCGGAUGAAGUCCUGGAGAAGCCUGUGAUCUCUGGCUGCCGUCGGGAGCUCGAGGAGCGAGUUAUCUUGCUGAAUUCAUCAAUAAAGAAACCAAAGCUGAGCACAGUGAGCGAAACAUCAGUGGCUGUGGUGACAACGCGAUCGCGCGACGUUUAUUACUGGGGCGGAGGAAAAUUCACCCCCCAGAAGCUGGACUCGUUCAACGCUGGCAGCAGCGCCCAACACGUGUGUGCCGGGGAGAAUCACUUUGCCGUGGUGACCGUGGAAAAGGAGCUGUAUACGUGGGCUAAUGUGCAAGGUGGAACCAAGAUGGUGGGCCAGCUGGGGCACGGGGACCAGGCGUCCUACCGGCAGCCGAAAAGGGUGGAGAAGCUUCAGGGGAAGGCAAUCAGGCAGGUUGCAUGUGGGGCCGACUUCACUGCCUGUGUAACGGACGAAGACCAGCUGUACAUGUUCGGGUCGGACUAUUACGGCUGCAUUGGUGUGGAGCAGGAGAUGGGCAUGGAGAUUUUAGAGCCGGUGCUGUUGGAGUUUUUUGAGGAGCGCCACGUCCGCCAGGUUUCCUGCGGAGACAACCACGUUGUGGUGCUGACACAGAAUGGUGGCAUCUACUCUUGGGGCUGUGGAGAGUAUGGGCGUCUUGGCCUUCAGUGUGAGGAUGAUUUCUCAUCUCCGAUGAAGGUGGAAAUUCCUAGAGGUGCAAGCAUUUCCUCUGUAUCCUGUGGCAGCGAUGGAACCUUCUUCCUGACAGAGAUGGGCAAAGUCUUGGCGUGUGGAAACAAUGAUUUCAACAAGCUGGGGUUGAACCAGGGCAUCGCCGGUAUCAAAAAUCACAGUGGAGAGGCUUCCCAGAAUAUACCAUACACCACCACACUGACCUUGGUCAAACAGCUGUCGCGCUUCAAAAUCCAAGUCAUAUCCCCGGGGAAGGCCCAUACAGCGGCCAUUGAUGAACGAGGCCGCCUGAUCACCUUCGGCUGCAACAAGUACGGGCAGCUAGGCGUGAAGGACUUCAAGCGGCACCAAGGGGUCCAGGUCCUCGUUGGACCAUUUGGAGGGAAGAGUGUAAGCAAAGUGUCUUGUGGAGAUGGAUUCACCAUUGCAGCCACUGAAGACAAUCAGAUCUUUGCGUGGGGAAAUGCAGGAAAUGGGAGACUUGGAAUGCCUGCAGACAAAGGGUUUGGUUCUGAGGUUUGCCCUGCGAUGCCAAGGCCAAUAUUUGGUUCCCUUCACCAUGUGCCCGAUCUCUCCUGCCGUGGCUGGCACACGAUCAUCAUAAUGGAAAAGGUGCUCAACUCAAAGACAAUUCGUUCAAACAGCAGCGGAAUAUCAAUUGGGCUUGGCCAGGAGGUGUCGGCUUCACUGGAGGACCUGGACAUAGAGCCUGGAUCAGACACAGAAUGUCGCAGUGGUGGUCUUGGGGGUACCCGAGAAGUCAACACAGAGGGGGGCCUGAUGGAUGGACCAAUGAUGACAUUUGGAAACCAGACCGGGGACAGUUCCUGUCCUCUGUGGCUGAGAAAGGAGCUGGAGGAUGCAGAAUUUAUCCCAAUGCCAGAGGAGUCUGACCAGUCUGUUCAUGACCGGCUCUCCUCUGUGUCUGAAAGCGUAACUCGGCCGUAUGAAGAGCUGAAGGAGCUCAAGGCGGCAGCAGACGCUGUAAGCAGUGAGGCAGGACUGGCGACCAGACAGGUGAGCUGUGAUAAAGGCAAAUGUUCAGAUGGAGCCUCAAAUGGAGAAUAUGGUGCAUGCUGCAAGGCAAGCAGCGACGUGGCUCAGCUGAGAGAAACGAUUGCCAUGCAAGACAAGAGGAUUGAGAUGCUUGAAAACCAGAUCAGGGAGCAGCAGAAGGAAAAUGAAAAGCUCUGGGCAGCAAUCAAUCGCUCCACGCUUCAAGAGAAAGAACGAGUCAGAAACGGAAACCGUCGUUCUGAACCGACAACGAGCAAAGGAGGAAGUGGGAGAAGAUCCGGGUUCACAAAUCAUGGGGGCAGGUCUGCUGGAGCCAGCGUGUGAGAUUAAAGCCAGCCACCAAGGCGAUGGUAUAGUUUUACAUAAAUAAUAUGUAUUAAUUGUAGACUUUUGUCCUGGGUGGAUUGAUCUAGCUUAGUUUCUGCAGGUUGACACGUUGGCGGGAUUCAACAGGAUCCAGCAAAGCUCUUAAUGUCUGCGAGAGACAAUCUGAGCACUGAGUUGUGCUUUUUGUUUUUUAACGGUUUCAGCACUGAGUCUUCAGUUUGUUUUUGUUUUUUUUUUCUCCACAUAAUAGACAAGAUCAGCUCCUGUGAACAGAAAGCUGGGUCCCACAUGAGAAGGAGGGCAGCUUGCAUGCUAGCAUCAUCAGUGUGAACACAAAGCUUUUGUUAAGAAUCACACAUUUUCACUGUGCCGGAUCAUCUUCAGUGGCCUUAACAAUAUAGCUUCUUAGAAUAUAUAUAUAUAUUUAACAACUUGCCUUACACAGUUAGACUAUAUGACUUUUAAAAACUUGCAUGUUCUGUUUAAAAGAAGUUGGUGUGAAACACAAAACUACUGAUUUAUUUUUGUAACACAUGUUAAAGCCUUUAUUAAAUGCCGCAUGUUUCUGUUUACCUUGGGAGUUCUGAACACUUGAACGGUGUUUCUAACAUGCGGUCCUUAUAACAUCUAUAUAAUCCUUCUACAAGCUUUUCAAGCCUUUUUUUUUUCUUUUCUACCUUCUGAAUAUGUAUUGUAACUUUCUCUGCAUCAUUUAUAAAAGCAGACCUGUUUUAUUGUAUUCUGUAUUUUAUUUUAUUUGGGAGAGGUUUUUGUUUGUCAUUUAUAUCUAUGCAGACAUUAUGUACAAAACAUGUCCAUUUUGCCUCUGGAGAUUGAGGCAGCACAUUCAUUUGCAUGUUAGACAAUAGGCUGGAGAUUUAAUAAUUUUACCAUUUAAAUAUUUUAUCUUGGGUUACUUGUCCUUUUCUUGCCAUUUUAACAGCUGGUUUUACCACAUAGCUCAGUACAAUAUUGUUUUGUACUUUCCCUUCUGUUCUAAAUUUACUUCACUUCCAUUUUUAGAGUUGACAUGUAGAACUUUUAUUCAUUAAAAAAUACAUUUUUUUUAGUAUGUUUGUUUACUCUGAGCACUUUAUCUCUUACCCUUGGCGAUUUUAAGGGAAAACGUUGUGAAAUGUAUGACCAGGACUUUUUCUAUGGCUGCAAAGUUGAUCAACCCUGACCAAUGGGGAUCUGAGCUGUCUGCCGUUUCCACUUGCAGUAUUUCUAUGCAGUAAACUGAUGCAAACCAUUGAAUUUAAAACGGUUGCAAACAUGACAGUUCUGUGCUUUAGGUGAGAUGUUUUAUUUGGUUGUAUUUUUUUUCUUUCUCCUCUCUGUACUUCACCGACUGUGUUUUGACUAUUAUUGGUCUGUCCAUAUAUAUUUCAUCAUCUUUGUGUUUAGUGUAAAAGCCAGAAAUAAAACAGCUGAAAAUGCCUAAAACUGAA